UACACAUCCUUCUUUCCUCCUUUCCCUUCUCUUUUUUGUUAUUGUCAUGAAGGACACGUGGCAACCUUUUUCCUCCAGGCAGCCGCCGCCAUUGGACAGCAUGGAAACCACCCACCAACUUCCGCCACGCCUUUGCCGACGUGGCAACCCGCCAAUGAAACUACUUCUUCACGUUUUCAAUUUCCUUCUUCUUCUUCUUCUUUUUUUAAACCUUAUCAAACUCAAAAACUCAAAAGCAGCUGCUCCAUCUAUCUUACAUUGUAGAACUGCCUCAAUUCUGUUGCCGCCAAAACUAUUUUCCCUUUCUUCUUUCUAUUCAUAGUAACCAUAAAAAGUUACCCUUCUCCGCCUCUCCUUUUUCUUUCUUCUUUUCAUUUCCUUUUACUUUCCCUCGUCCAUCGCCAUUCCAUACAUGCCUUCCAUCUCCAUCUUUAAAACUUCUCUCUGCUUUUCGAAGUGAAAAAUCAGAGGAUAUGGAAACUAUCUAUCAUCAGCCUUAUUUUGUGGAUCCCCAGUUGGAAUUACUCAUUGAAAGAAUUUACCCUCCCAGAGUUUGCAUUGAUAAUGAUACCUUUCAAGAUUGUACCCUUGUGAAGGUUGAUAGUGCAAACAAACAUGGAAUUCUACUUGAGAUGGUUCAGGUUUUGACGGAUCUUGACCUUGUUAUCUCCAAAUCUUACAUUUCUUCAGAUGGAGGAUGGUUCAUGGACGUUUUCCAUGUGACAGAUCAGUUUGGAAAUAAACUCACGGAUGAAAGUCUUAUCCAUUACAUCAAGCAGGCAUUAUGUGCAAGUAGGAAAGAAGGGUCACCAAGAAAAGUGAGAAUGUGCAACACAGGAAAAGAAUUAUUGUCACCAGAGCACACGGCAGCGGAGAUUACCGGAAUUGAUAGACCAGGUCUCUUGUCGGAGAUAUUCGCCGUCCUGGUUGAAUUGGGUUGUAACAUCACAGCGGCCGUGGCAUGGACCCACCACAAAAAGGCAGCCUCCAUUAUCUACAUAGAAGAAGGUUGGAAUGGUGGAAUGAUAAAGGAUUCAAAACGGCUGGCCCAUGUGCAAGAGCAACUUGAGAACGUGGUUGACGCCCAUAAUGGACAGGGGGAAACAAGCAGCGUGAAGUUGACAGCUCCAUCGGCUGGAUGGACCCACCCCGAGCGGCGGCUCCACCAGUUGAUGUAUGCCAAUGGCGACUACGAGCAGUGUCGGUGUCACGACGAUAGCAAAUCGUGUAAAAUGAGUUGCACUCGUACACACGUAAAGAUAGAGAGUUGUAAGGAGAAAGGAUAUUCGAUUAUCAAUAUCAGAAGUCGUGAUCGUCCGAAGCUGUUGUUCGAUACGGUUUGUGCUCUUACGGACUUACAGUACGUGGUGUUUCAUGCUGCAGUGAGUUCAAAUGGGACUGUGGCUUAUCAGGAGUAUUUUAUUAGGCAAAAAGGCGGUUGUAUCUUAGAUUCAGAGUGUGAAAGGAAAAGGCUUUUACAAGCCCUUGUUGCAGCCAUAGAGAGAAGGGUUUCACAUGGAUUGAGGUUGGAACUCUGCGCUUUAAAUCGAGUAGGAUUGUUAUCAGAUAUCACACGGGUAUUUCGUGAGAACGGUUUUUCGAUUUCUACCAUGGAUGUUAAAACCAAUGGCAAGAGAGCUAUUGGGUCUAUUUUCAUCACAGAUGCAUCGGGGCAUGAUGUAGAUGUAGACCCACAUAUACUGGACUUGGUGCUUAAAGAGAUUGGAGGUUCAAUUGCUGUAGUUCAAGGGCCUUCAAAAUGGGAUGAUCGAACCUCCUCUUCAAGAGCAAAUCAUGGGACAAAAGUCGCUAGAGUUGAAGAUAAGCCAAGAUUUUCAUUAGGCAACUUGUUGUGGUCUCAACUUGAACGCCUUUCAACUAACUUUGGCUCUAUUAAAUCGUAGUGAAGGAAGGGAUUCUAAUGUUGGAUGUAUGUCUUGUAAGAUAAAGUUGUAUAGAAAGUGUUGUAAGGUUAAUCGCUAGUGGCAAUAAAGAUAGUUGUGAACUA